CUGUCAGCUGACGGAAGCUUGGAAGGGGAGUGAUCCUCAUUUCACACAUUGAAGUGUGGAUAGUGAAAACAAUUUGCUUUGUUCCGGCUCUACAAAUAUUCUAAACCUUUUAGGGCGAAAGCGUCGAAUCUUAGAGCUCUCCAGGACCAAAAGCAGCCUAUUGUCUUGUCGGACAUUAGCUGUAGCUUUGUUUUGUUUGUUGGUUUAUGGUCCGUAGUCGAGUGAAACUCGUGAUCUGUGCGAUGCUGCUGUGUGUGAGUGCCGUAGUCGGGUUUGUGCUGACCCUGUACACACCCUCCCCAAUCCUGGGUGUGGAGCGUCAGAAGGACACACACUACGGAAGACAAGGAAACAACCAGCAGCCCCGAUAUGCACCAACCUGGGACUCCCUCGACCAGCGGCCGCUGCCCAGCUGGUACGAUGAGGCGAAGUUCGGCAUCUUCAUGCACUGGGGCGUGUUCUCCGUCCCCAGCUACGGCAGCGAGUGGUUCUGGUGGGACUGGAAAGGUGCACAUGAUCAAAACUUCAUAGACUUCAUGAAAAGGAACUAUCCACCAGGUUUCCGCUACGCCGACUUCGCCCCCAUGUUCACAGCAGAGUGGUACAACCCGUUACAGUGGGCAGAGGUCCUACAGGCAUCAGGAGCAAAGUACGUAGUUUUGACCUCCAAACACCACGAGGGCUUCACCAACUGGCCCUCCAAGUACAGCUGGAACUGGAACUCCGUGGACAACGGGCCCCACAGGGACCUGGUCGGUGAGCUAGCCAUGGCCAUCAGGAACAAUUCGGACCUGCACUUCGGGCUGUACUACUCCCUGUUCGAGUGGUUCCACCCGCUGUAUCUCAGGGACAAGCAGAACAAGUGGGCAACACAGGACUACACCAAGGAUGUAGGCCUUGCCGAGCUGUAUGAACUUGUGAACGCCUACCAUCCAGAGGUGGUGUGGUCGGACGGGGACUGGGAGGCACCCUACACCUACUGGAACAGCACCAACUUUCUCGCAUGGCUCUACAAUAACAGCCCUGUUAAGGACACAGUGGUGACCAACGACAGGUGGGGAAGCGGCAUGUUAUGCCACCACGGAGGGUACUACACCUGUUCAGACAGGUAUAACCCAGGUGUCCUGCAGAAGCACAAGUGGGAGAACUGCAUGACGAUCGACAAGAAGUCGUGGGGGUUCCGCCGCGAGGCGACCUUGGCAGACUACCUAGACAUGGAUGACCUUGUCAAGAUCUUGGCGGAGACAGUCAGUUGCGGAGGAAACCUGCUGAUGAACAUCGGACCGACUCACGACGGUCGCAUCGUGCCGAUCUUCGAAGAGCGCCUGCGGAGCAUGGGGAAGUGGCUGAAUGUCAACGGGGAUGCCAUCUACGCAACCAAACCAUGGAGGGCGCAGAACGACACUCGGGAACCAGGCGUCUGGUACACUUCCAAGAAUGACAGCGUCUACGCCAUCGUGCUGGAUUGGCCCAAGUCCGGACAGCUGACCCUCGGGGUUCCGAGGUCAUCGCCCACGACUACGGUCACAAUGCUGGGCUGGGCAACUCCGCUGAAGUGGGCGGCAGUGUCAGGCGGAGGGAUCACGGUACAGAUGCCGACUGCUUUGCCUAACCAGCUGCCGUGCCAGUGGGCAUGGGUCAUUCAGAUGAAGGGGGUGAUGUAGGGCUUUUCCAUGGUUUUCUAAAAUUCACUUGUCCUAUCGGGAAAGCACCUUAAAAAUUUACUUGCCCAAACCAAAUUUUCACUUCAAAUGUCACUUUUAUAUGCAUUUUCACAUGAAGCAAUGGAAUGCUAUAUUCUAUUGUUGCCUCUUUUCUUUUUCUAUGUUGACCAUUGCUUGAUGCUGUGACUGUGAAAACUAAUGGGAGGAUCGCGGUACAGAUGCCGGCUGCUUCGCCUACCCAGCUGCCGUGCCAGUGGGCGUGGGUGAUACAGAUGAAGGGGGUGGCGUAGGGCUGGCUAAGGAGUACAGCUGGCCAAAGGGAGUCAUCAUGAUCAACCUAAGCCAAACACACUCCUAGGCCAGCUUCACUCCUCUGGCAACUUUUGAUAAUGUCUUAUGCUACCGUAGGAUCUGCUUGAAGAUUAGUGAUGCAGGACUUUUCUUGCAUAGCCUGGUAUCCAGCAGUAUACUAUUAGACCACAGGCACUACUUAUACUUAUAUCAAAGAGAUUAUCAGACUUCUUAUUAUAGGCCCUGGUCUCUCUUGUCCUCUCUGCAGACAGAAGAGACUUGGGGGCUAUAAAAAAUACAGCUUGAUACCAGGCUAUUUGUUUCUAGGCCACACUAUGGCUGGUAUUAGUAUAUAGGGGUGCCAAAACAUUCUUACAAAUGAUAUGUUGUCAAAAGCAAAGGCAUAAAGCACUAUGCAAAACUAUACAAAUCUUAUGAAAACCGGAUGGAGCGUAGGAAUCUUAUCAAAACCAAAGGCUUUUUAUCCAAACAAUACAAACAUAAUGACGAACACACCAAGCUCUAGAUAAAAACAUACAAAUCUUAUGAAAAUGUACAGAGCACUAUGCAAAAUGUACAAAUUUUAUUAAGAAGAAUCCAUUUUUUUCUUUACUGCAACAGCACAAAAAUAUUGUAGCAUUUUUUUUAAGACAACACAAUUUUCUUGUCAAAGUUAAUGAUAAGAAAUAGCAACUGUACGCUCGGAUAGAAGAAAACCCUGAUCUGGUAUCAGGCUUGUACAUGUACUUGUAUAUGUGCAGUUAGAAACCUAACUGUUUGACAAAUUGCAAAAUCUUGUAGUUCUUGUGAUGUUUGCCCAGUUUUGAAAGAUUAUUAGUUUCCGGAAGAUUGAUUAAAUCUUUAUACACAUUUUCACAAUCAUAUAACA